UUAAUGAUCAAGAUCAGCAAAAAAUGAAAAUAAUCUUGGAAAAAUAUCAAAAAUUUAAGCAGGAGGAAACACUUCUAUUCAUAGAUUUUGUAACUGUGACGGAUUAUUUGUUUCUUUUAAGAAGUGCUACUCAAAUUAUGAAUAAAUUAAAAGAGAAUGCUAUGUACUAUCUUGCUGCUGCUGUUAGUGAUUUCUUUAUUCCAGUUCAAAAAGUGUCUCAACAUAAAAUACAAUCAGGGGAAGGUGCUUUAACAUUAAAGAUGGAUCAAGUCCCAAAAUUUCUAAAACCAAUGGUAACAAAUUGGGCACCUGAAGGCUUUAUAGUUUCUUUUAAGUUAGAGACUGAUCCAUCACUUUUAGUUGAAAAGGCAAGAAAAGCCUUAACAAGAUAUGGACAUCAAAUUGUUAUUGCCAAUCUUUUAAUGACACGUAAAACUGAAAUCAUUCCAGAAUUA